AUGGGUGUUUUAAAAUUAAAGAGUGAGAAGAAAAAAAAGGAAAGAAAUCAGAAAGAAACAAAAAUCGAUUAUGAGAAAUGUAUUAAGAAAACAAAAGUUAGAGAAAAUGUUUUUGUGAAAGAAACUGUCGAAAAUGAUUUUGACAUAAGAAUAUUUAUGAAAACAGAUCAUAGUUCAAAUAAGAUUCGUCAAUUAAAUUAUGCAAAAUUAGUAAAAGGUAUAAGAAAAAAUAAAAAUUUAAUACCUAAUAAUAUAGAGAAGAUUAUUGAAAUAUAUGGGUUAGGUAUAGUAGAAGAAGAUAAAAAUAUCAGAAAUUAUUCUUCCAAAAUAUUUUAUCAUUUAAUAAAUAAUAUUAAUUAUGAUAAAUUUUUUGGAAAAAUUAAAACUUGUUUAUUUCAUUCAUUAAAAAUUGACAAAGUAGAUCUAAAAAUAUUAAAUUUGGAAUUAUGUCAUAAAUUUUUUUUUACGAAAAUUUCCUAUUGCAAUAAAUUUUUUUAUGAAUUUUUAAAUAAUAUUUUAGACUGUUUUAUAUCACUAAGUAUCGAGAAUCAAAUAAAGAAUGUGAAAUAUAUUUUCUUGUUAUUUAAACAUAAGGCUAAAUAUAAGAGGGAAAAAAGAAAAUUGCUCCAGUUAAAGAAAAAGGGCAUACAAAUUAGACUCUCCGAAAUAAAAAAUGAGACUAAAAAGAAACACAAUCAAGUAGGGAACAUGGAAUUUAAGAAUUUUAAAAAAAACAAAGAUAAUAACAAAAAUUUUGAUAAUAACAAAAAUUUUGAUAACAACAAAAAUUUUGAUAAUAACAAAAAUUUUGAUAACAACAAAAAUUUUGAUAACAACAAAAAUUUUGAUAAUAACAAUAGUUAUAGUAGUAACCAUAGUAAUAAUAAUUAUGAACAUAUUAGUUUUCGAAACCUGCAGAACACUUUAAGAGAUCCCUUUUUAAUAAAAAAAGGUAUAAGAAUAAAGCUUGAUGAAAAUACAAAAAUUGAAAUAUAUAAAAAAUUAUUUAAUUGUCUUUAUAAUUUUAUGGAUGAAAUAAUUUAUAACUCUUUACAAGUGGAUUUAAUUAAUUUGUACACACAAAUAUUGAAAAACAUAAUUUUUGUAAUAAAAAAGAAAAUAAAUUUAACAAUAGAAAUUAUGUUCCUAAUAAAUAAAUUUAUAAAAAGAAUUAUUCAAUUAAUUAACGAAAAUAUGUUGAAUAUAAAAAAUGCGAAACUUUUAAAUAUGAUAUAUUAUUUUAUUGUAUUAAUUAUAUCAUUAUGUUUAAAGGAAAGGAAAUAUUUUGAAUUGUUGAAAAAAAAGAUAAAAAUGGAUAUUAUACAAUGGCUUCAUUAUAGUUUUGUAAUUUAUUGGUAUGUGUUGUUAAAAGAGAAUUUUUUUAAUAUUCCUUGUCAUGGGCACAAUGAGAAAAAAGAAAUAAAAAAUAUUUAUGUUAAACAUGAAGAUAUUUGUGAACACAGUAUUGGUAAUCAUAUGUUAGGUGAUAAGUUAAAAAUGUGUACAUCUAAUAUUAAUGAUGUUAUAAACUGUGUGUAUAUGGGCAAUAAAUCUGGUACAGAUGAAAAGAAGCAUAAUAAUAAAAAUAAUGAUAGUAAUAAUAAUAAAAAUGAUUAUAGUAAUAAUAAUAAAAAUGAUUAUAGUAAUAAUAAUAAAAAUGAUUAUAGUAAUAAUAAUAAAAAUGAUUAUAGUAAUAAUAAUAAAAAUGAUUAUAGUAAUAAUAAUAAAAAUGAUUAUAGUAAUAAUAAUAAAAAUAACUAUAGUAACAAUAAAAAAAAAAAUUAUAGUAAUAAUAAUAAAAAUGAUUAUAGUAAUAAUAAUAAAAAUAAUGAUAGUAAUAACAAUAAUUACCAUAAUAACAAUUUAUUAAAUGUAUAUGAGUUACAUAACAAGAAUAGCAGUGCGUGUGAUGACAAAACUUUAUAUUAUAAGAAUAAUAAAAAGUAUGCGAAAAAAUAUUUCAUGUUAUUAAUAUAUUACUAUGAAAUUUAUAUAAACAGAACAAACAGUAAUAUAUUACUAAAUUAUUAUAUAAAUAAAAAAAAAAAAAAUUCAGAAGAAAAUAAACAAGAAAAUAAGGACUUACAUAAAAAAAUAAUGAAUAAAAUUGAAGGGUAUACAAAAUGCAUGUUCCAUAGGAAUAAUGAUGAUACUGAAAAACUUGGUAAAUAUAUUAUGAAUUAUUUAAUAAGUUUUUCAUAUAAUAGUAUUGAAAAUAUUCUUCAUUUAUGUUAUAAUAUUAUUUUAUUAUCAUAUAAAGAUAAUGUUGAUUUAUAUACAAUGAAGAAUGAAUAUUUAUAUAUAGAAAAGAAUGAAAAGGAUAAGAAUAAAGAUGACUCUUUAUUAUAUUCUUUUAAAUAUUUUACAACACCCUUUGUGUUUUUAUCUCUAGUGGAUUGUACAAAUUUUAUAAAUAAUGAUUUUUUUGUGAACAGUUUUUAUUCGUUUUUUAAAGAAGAAGAAAAAGAAAAAAUUAUUAGAACUAUAAGCUUUAUACAAAAGGAGAAGGAAUAUGUGCAGAUGAUAAUGUCAAAUCGUAUUUUUGAUAAUUUUAUGAAUACUUUGUUAUAUGUGCUAUAUAAUUAUAGUGAUGAAUUUUUUGUGAAUAAUUGUUUGUUUUUUUUAUGUAUGUUAAAGGAGAAGCAGAGAGGCGUAUUAGAAAGGAAAGAUGAUAAUAAGGAUGAUGAUAAUAAGGAUGAUGAUAAUAAGGAUGUUGAUAAUAAGGAUGACGAUAAUAAAGAUGAUGAUAAUAAGGAUGAUGAUAAUAAAGAUGAUAAUAAUAAUAAUCAUGAUAAUCAUGAUAAUCUUAAUAAUAAUAAUCAUGAUAAUCUUAAUAAUAAUAAUCAUGAUAAUCUUAAUAAUAAUAACCUUAAUAAUAAUAAUCAUAACCGAAAUGUUGAAAGUUACAAGGUAAUAUGUGACAAUAACAUUAAUUACAAUAUCAUGGAUGAAGAUAAGAAUAGGGAGGAUAGUAGUGUUCAUAAUUUUUCAAAUAUUAUUAACAAAAAAAUGAAUAAUAUUAAAAAAGUGCUAAUUGAUUAUUUUUUACAUAAAAAUAAUUCUUAUAUGUUAUCAUUUGACAUUUUGAAAAUUUUGUAUUUCUUAUAUGAACAUACAAAUAUAAAACUGUUAAUGUUUAUAUAUUAUUUAAUUAUAAAUUGUGUAAAUAUAUUUGAUAGGAAUGGAAAAACAAAACAUCCUUUUUUUUUAAAUACGAGAGAAGCUAUUGUUUGUAUUAACAAAAUAAUGGGUGUAAAUUAUAUAAAACAUAUGGAAAUGUCAAAUAAAAAAAAUGAAGAUUUAUAUAUAGAUAUAGAUAAGAAGAAAUAUUUAUUUGUUAUAAAUGAUGAAUAUAUAUAUAAAGAACAUUUUGUUCUGUACUUUUUUAAAUUAAACUUAUAUGAAACAGUGAAGGUAUGUGAAAAUUAUGUAUACGAUUUGUUAGUGGAUUUACAAAACGUACAACAAGAAAAAGAAAAUGAAGAUGACGACGAUGAUGAAGAGAAAAAAAAAACAACAAGAACAAAUUAUCGUAUAUUGAAUAAUUUAAAAUAUACAAAUAUAAUAUUAAUUAUAAAAAAUAUAUCUUAUAUUAUUUCUAAUAUGAAAUUACAUUCUUCUCAUCUUCCUUUAGAAAAUAAAAAUAUUUCAUGUAUAAAAUUGAAUUAUUUAUUUUGCCUUAUUCACAAAUUAGAGAACGUUAAUGAAAAUUUAUGUGACAAAGUAUUUAAGAUAAUAAAAAUAAUUACCUUGUAUUAUUUUGUAUGCUUUUAUAUGUGUCCUCCACUUUUAUACGAUACUAAUAUACAAACGGAUGAUAAGGAAGAUGAUAAUAAUUAUCUUAGUUAUGAUAAUACCUCUGGGGAAGAAAAAAAAAAGUCACACAAGAGAAGGUUGUGUGAAAUAUCAAACUGUACAGAAGAUGCUGUUCAUUUAAGAACACAUAAUGAUAAGAAUCAUAAUAUGAAUGAUAUAUUGGAUAUAAGAUACAAUGAAAAAGAACAUGAUGAAAAGUACCUUAUUUAUAAUACAAAUAUAAAAGUUAAAGUGGAUAUUUCAGUAUUUUCGUUAUUUUUAAAAAAUUAUUUUAAUAAUUAUAUGAAUAUAAAAAAUGAAGCAAAGGUAUAUGGUAUAGAACAUAUAUUGCCUGAUUUUUUUGGUAUUGAAUUUUUUAAUAUAUUAUUAGAAAAGGAAAUAUAUUAUUAUGUAUCUAUUAAUAAUAAGAAGAACUUUGAAAAUGUUACAUAUGAUAAUAAUGAAGAAAGUUAUAAUUACAGUACUCAUAAAUAUAUUGAAGAAUUAAUAAAUAAAUAUGAAAAACAUAUUAAUUUUGUAAGUUUUAAAAAAUUAGAACAAUUACCUAUAAGAAAAAUUAUCAAAUUAUUAAUUGUUUCCCUAUUCAAAAUGUCAUAUAAUAGAAAUAUAUUUUUUGGUCCCUUUUCAUAUAAUAUUAAAAAAGAUAUUUUAUUGAAUGUGUUUUUAGAUAACUUGAAUUUUGUUUUGAUAUUUUAUUAUUUUCUAUCAUAUUUAAUAAAUCGAUUGCAUUCCUAUUUGGAUGUUUCCUAUUCAUUGAAAAAUUAUUAUUCGGUCUGGUUUUAUGUGGAUAUGAUUCUGUGCUGCUAUUGCAUUAAAGAAGAAAAGAUGAAGAAACUAAAAUUACCAUGGUCAAAGGAAUAUGAAGGAAUUCAUCUUAUAUUAAAUGAAGCAUUAAUAGAUUUAAAUAAAAAGGUGAAAAAUAUGCUGGAUCUUAUUUUAAAACAUGAUGAAAGAUAUAAUUUGAUAAAUAAUAUAGGGAAGGUUUAUGAACACUUAUAA